AUGACGGAGUGGACUCUGCUCAAGCGCCUCCUGGACGCCGUGCACCAGCACUCCACCAUGAUUGGCCGGCUGUGGCUCACCGUCAUGGUCAUCUUCCGGCUCCUGAUCGUCGCCGUGGCCACCGAGGACGUGUACACCGACGAGCAGGAGAUGUUUGUGUGCAACACGCUGCAGCCGGGCUGCUCCACCGUCUGCUACGACGCCUUCGCGCCCAUCUCCCAGCCUCGCUUCUGGGUGUUCCACAUCAUCAGCGUGUCCACGCCAUCGCUCUGCUUCAUCAUCUACACGUGGCACAACCUGUCCAAGCACAACGCCACCCAGAGGUUGGGGCAGGGGGCGGGCGACGCGGCGGGGCAGGGAGGCCGGGACGGUGGGCGAGAGGCCUAUGACCGGAGCUGCGACUCAGACAGCUGCUCCAUCCAGUCCCAUAAGCACCUGGGGCACAGCCUGGCGAAUGUGCUGGAGGGCAUCGCCGCCAAGGACCUCCAGAGGCUGGACCCCAAAAACUCGAGCCAGGCCCGAGCCUGCACCUUCAGGGAGGGGGGCACAGAGGCGGGCUCCGGAGGGGUUUUGUCCAAAUGCUACAUCUUCCACGUGUGCCUACGGGCUGUCCUGGAGGUGGGCUUCGUCCUGGCUCAGUGGAAGCUGUUCGGCUUCCAGGUGCCCGUCCACUUCCUGUGCACCUCGCCUCCCUGCAGCCAGCCAGUGGACUGCUACGUCUCCAGGCCCACGGAGAAGACCAUCUUCCUGCUCUUCAUGUUUUGUGUCGGGGUUUUCUGCAUCCUGCUCAACCUGCUCGAGCUCAACCACCUGGGCUGGAAGAAGAUCCGCCGCGCAGUGCGGCUGCAGGAGCACGCGUCCUGGGGAGCGUACGAGACCUUCCCUCCAGACAGCCCCUCCUUCACAUCCUCUUUAGGCUUCAGGGACGUCACCAGCACCACCUCGCUGCCCACCCUGAACCUGGUGGUGGGUCACCAGCCGGACUGGACCUGUGCGGUGAACUGUGGCAGGAUGAGGGAGCCGGAGGAAGUCCGAGAGAAAAGAACGGAGCCCCUAAGGAGAGAGGACUCCCAUAAAGGAGAGAGGCAGCCUUUGAAGAGCAAGAGGGAGAUCAGGGGGUCCAAACACAGGAGUGCCGAGGUCUGGAUUUAG